GCUAACUAGCCAACCAACAACGUUUAACGUUCGCUCGCUUUAGUUAGUGUCGUGUGUGUUUAGAUUAGUGUGUGUUCGUAUCACUCGUUCUUCGUUCGUUCCAUUCACGUUUUUUUGAAAGUUGUUUAUUGGGUUUUUGUGUUGUAAAACAAAGCGGGUUGUGUAUUUGUUGUUACUGAAGUUGUUAACAAAAAAUCGAAAAAGAAGAAUAAUAAGCAAUAUCAAUAAAAAUAAUAUUAAAAUAUACGGCAAAAUAAAAUUUGAAAAUAAUUAUAAAUUAUUAUUGUCCAUAUUGUAAUAUAAAAAAAUAACAAACGAAUGUCAUUGUUUUGUUGUAAUUAAGUUCAAAAUAAGAUAAGGCCUUAAUAAUCGAAAAAGAAUUGGCCAAAAAGAAAGCCAAAUAAAAAAAGAGAAAGAGUGAGAGAGAGAAAAAAGAGAAGAAAAAGCCUAAAAAUUGUGUUAUUUUGUGAGUGAUCUAAAAUUUAUGGAUCGUAUUGCCUGCUGGCCGGUUUCCCCCCGCAAUUCUUCUUGUUGUUGUUGUUCCCCAGCAAAUAAAGUGUGUGUAUAUUGUUGUUAUUGUUUGGUUGGGGCAUCACCAAUGCAUUUCGCAUUUCUCGUUAACCAAAAUAAAUUGUAAAAAGACAACAACAGCAGCAGCUUCGAAAUAAAAAAAAGAAAAAGGAAUUUAAAGUUACUCCAAUGCUGGCAUUAAUUUAGGCAAUAAACAAGCAGUUACAAAAGCGAUAAAAAAGUGUUAAUAUUUCAUCAAGUGUUACAUUAUUGAACGUUCAUACAUAUCGUGUAAACUAAAUAUGCAUAACAGCUCAAGGUGACCCAACACAUUUCAAAAAUUACCAAAAAAUAAAUAUUUCGGUCAAACACCCAGAGCCAAGAAGAACAUUACAAUUUUCCAAUAAUACAACAAGAAUCAGCACGAACAACAACAUCACGCAUGCAACACAAUCGAAACACUUGAUCAGUGGCAAAUCUAAAGAAAAAAUGAUGAUUUUUUAAGUCUGAAUAAGAAGAAACUUAAACGAAAUCCUUGAGAGAUACAAUGACUUAAAGUGAAAAUGCCAAAGAGCAAAUGAAAACGAAACACAAAAACAAAACAUAUCAUUUUUUGUUUAAUAUUUUUUAACGGGGUGGCUGGCAUGACUAACUGAGCGACCUUGAAGCCCCAACCACCCACGUAACUUCCGAAAAAAAAAACAUUCGAAAACGCAACACAUCGACGUUCACACACACACGAGCAGCAGCAGCAGCCACAGCCUCAUCAUGGUCAAAGGCAUAUUAAUUAAUCGCAAAUCGGAUGAAGCCCUCAAGGCCCAGCUGAAAAUGGAGCAUGCCGAUUUGGUGGCGGAAAUGCAAACUGUUGAAAAUUUACCCACACAUGAGCGCCUGCAAUUGGCAAGACUGCGACGAGCUCAACAAUUAAAAGUGGCCCGCCAAAAAGAAAAGGAAUGGUUAAAACUACAACGAGCCAAAGGUGUCAAUUUAUCCACCCUCAAUGGUCUGAGUACAACACAUCACUUUCGCAAUGGCACAACAUCCGGCAAAGGUCAUAUCUCAUUCGAAAACAGCGUGGUGCUGCUGGAGGCUGCAUCACGCAAUGACAUGCAAGAAGUUGCCGAAUUGUUGGAACAUGGCAUUACACCGGAUGCGGCCAAUGAAGACGGUCUGACGGCACUGCAUCAAUGUUGCAUCGACAACAAUGUGGAGAUGUUAAAACUUUUAUUGGAAUACGGUGCUAAUGUUGAUGCUCAGGACAGUGAUAAAUGGACGCCAUUGCAUGCGGCCGCCACAUGUGGCCAUUUGGAACUGGUGCGAAUACUUAUUGAUCAUGGUGCUAAUCUAUUGGCCGUCAAUACGGAUGGCAAUAUGCCCUACGAUUUGUGUGAUGAUGAAAAUACCCUGGACUAUAUAGAGGCUGAGAUGUCAAAGCGUGGUGUGACCCAGGAACUGAUCGAUGAGACGAGAUCGGCAACGGAAAGACAAAUGUUGCGGGAUUUACAGGAUGUAUCGAAAAAUGGUGGUGAUCUUGAGCAACCAGAUGAACAGGGUGCAACGCCGUUACACAUAGCAGCUGCUAAUGGUUAUAUCAGAGUAGUUGAAUUCCUUUUAGAGCAGCAUGUCAAUGUUGAUGCUGUGGACAAGGAUAUGUGGUCUCCAGUGCAUGCGGCAGCCUGUUGGGGCCAUCUGGAAGUAUUGGAAAUGUUGGCCCAAUGUGGUGCUGAUUUAAAUAUCAAAAACAAAGACGAUGAAACGCCUUCAGAUAUCUGUGAAGAUCCCGAGAUACGUGAACGUAUCGAACAACUUAAAACCGAACAGGAAAGUAAACGUUUGGCAGAAGCACAACGAAGACGAGUUAGACGAUCUCAAAGUAAUAAUACAAGAGCACAAUCGGUACGACGCACCUCCUUACGCGACAAAACGCUAACAACCAAAAAAGAUGCCGCCGAAGAGACCCGGUUACGUCUACAAGCUCAAGAUGUUUUCGCUCCUGCGCCCGAUAGCACAACAAUGGAUCCAAACGGUCCCCAUCAUGAUCAUGUGCUCGACACAGCCGCCGAUUGGCUGUCGAACUCCACGGCAAACAAUCAUCAUCAUCAUACACACAACCACAGCAGUAGUGGUGGCAGCAGUAUCAACAACAACAAUACCUUAAAAAUGAAUAACAAUCAUAGAAAUUCCUACGAUCCUAGUCUUCAAGAUUUGGUAGAUUCCACUAGUACCCAACCGCAACCAAACAGUAAUUCCACACAAACAUCCUCUGCCAUGGCAAUGCAUCAGCACCAGCAUCCAUCACAGCAACAUUCCUAUCAACCACGACGACCGCCAGAGGGUCGUGAAAAUGAUGAAUUACAAAUGCAAGCAUUUAAAAUCAACGGCGAACAACAUUCCACAGGUGAGAUGGGUGGCGGUGGCAGUAGUACAACGACGACAUCCGCAUCGGCCGCCGUUAUUGCGGCAACCACAAGACAUUCGGGGCAAAGCGAGGCCGUGCAAAUACAGUCGAGUAAAGAGGCGGCGAAUGGUAAAAUUAAUGUCCAAGUAACGGUAUUAGUCGACACCUCCUCCAAUCAUCUACAACAGCAACAGCAACAAUUGCAUCAACAUCAUCAUAAUCAUAAUCAACAACAGCAACAACAACAACAUCUACAAAUGCAUCUUCAUGGUCAUGGCCUUCAUAACUUGUCGUCCGCAACCCAGCAACAGCUUCAAUCAAUGGAUCCAUCUGCUGCUAUGUCCUCCGCCUCCAUAUCCUCCUCUUCCACUAAUCCACAAUAUUUGGCAAAUGCCACAACAUUGGCCAAUCUGAAAAAGCAACGCUCUCUGUCGCGUUCUAGCGUUUUCAAUAAUUGUGAAAAUGGUUCUGUUUUAGGAGCCGCCAACUCGACAACUCAUAAUCCCAACAAUAACAACAACAAUAACAAUCACAACAACAAUCAUCUGCUAGAUCAUCAGGUGAAUACCCAACAACCCAUGUCCAACAACGGUCUGCAACAUCCAGCCCUAAUGGAUUACAAUGGCUUAAUGCAUCACCACGAUCCAUCAUCGAGCGGAGCUGGAACGGGGACGGCAACAACGACACCCACCACCAGCGGCAGCAGUGGUGGUGUAAAUAAAUUCAGUGGCAUUACGGGUGAUGUAGUCAGUGACAGUACCAGUUCCAAGAAAUGUUGUACAAUAAUGUAAAUUCAGAAAGAGUCAACGCAAGACGCACACACCCAGACGCCGAGACCGCCCCAGCAGCAAAGCCCACAAAACAACUACAAGGUUGGCUCUUGGUGUUUUUAACAUAACUAAUUAAAAAAUAAAUAAGGACUAAAAAGAACCCCAGGAGGGAAGGAAAUGUUUUGCGGCACCCUUCGUAUGAGCUGAGAUUUGGUAGCAACACAACACAAGGGUUCGUCCCCUCUUUAAAAAGUGUUUGCUGAAAAGGAAAAAAACGGUUAGAUGGAUGGAUGGAUGGUUAAAAAACAUAAUGCUGCUGCUGUUGUUGUUCUUAACAAGAACAGUGGGCGAGCAAACAGCGGCAUCAACACCAGGUUACCUCUACUUUCCUAUAAAGUAGACGUUGGAAUUCAUCAAGCCAGCCAACCAACCAACCAAGCAGCCAGCCAGCAAGCAAGCCAGUCACUCACUCAUUCAACCAUCUAGGCAAUGUAUAUGCAAUGUCAAAGUCCUUGAAUUUCAAUAACAUAAAACAAAGAAAACAGCUAAGCACCUAGAAGUAUGCUUAGCUAGUUGUUUCUCUAAGGUUUUAUGUGCGAGCGACCCCACAAUAACAAGUUUUCUCGUCGGCAUCGUCACUCUUUCCUUUUCAACGCCUAAUAACACUAGAAACUUAGCCACAAUUCUUACCAAUAAAACACACGACGACAUACACAACAUAUGGCUAGCGCAAGCAUGCAUACAUAUAUACGUACAUACAUACAUACAUAUUAGAAAGCUUCCAUCGACAACAACAACAACACGAAGAAGAAAACAAAAACAAAUAUCAUCACAUAUUAACAUAUAUAAAUACAUAUAUAAAUAACAACAAACACACCAAUGUAAUUAAUGUGGAUAAAUUAUUUAGAUUUAAGAGAUUAAGUAGCAAAUAUAGCAACAACAACAAAAUAUCGUUAAAUAUACUUAACAUAUUGUCCCAUAAACAAAACAAUAAGAAAAACUGGUCAAUUUCGUUUUAUAUCUAUUGCGGAGAACGUUUAGAGAGAAGCCUUUGUAUAUCCUUUUUUUUGUAUUCUAAAUAAUGAAAGGGAUACCAUUGAUAACGAAAGGGACAUUAUUGCUUCAAAGAUUGAAUUUAUAUACAUAUGUGUCCUAACAUCGAAACGAAUUGUAAACCAAAAUGGUGAGUAGGUUAGGUAUCUUUAUGCAGACAGAUGUUCAAAUAGAUUGAGUAAUUUCAAAGAAAAUCUGAUUAAAUAAUUUCUGUGAUUUCCCAAAAGCCUAGCAAUACAUCUAGUUAGAUUAGUGCUGCAUUCAAAAUUUUGAAAAAAACAGGGUAAGAUAAAGAAACUGCAACAAAGUCAAACGCCAUUAUUUUUACAUUUUUUUUUUAAUUUUAUUGAAUGAAAGCAAAAAAAUGUCGGAAAUAUCAUCAAGUUUUAGAAUAAGUUUAGAUUUGUUCGAUUUGGUCACCUUUGGCACGAAAUAUGGCCUUCAAACGGCCAAUGAAACCGUCACACGCCGCCCGAAUGUUGCUUUGCGGUAUUUUGGCCCAUUCCCGCUAAGCGUUUGAUUUGGUAUUUUUUAGUGCCAAACCUUGCUUUCCAAAAUACUCCAGAAACAAUAAUCUAACGGAUUGGUAUCCGGAGAUUUUGGUGGCCAUUAUGCGCUGGAAAUGAAGCGAGGAAACUCAUUUUGAAACCAUUCUGGGGUGCUGAAUCCGGUUGGAAUGUCCAAGGUUUGCGUGCCCAAGGGUUUAAUACACGAUCCAGAAUAUUUUCGCUAUAAUAUUCGGCAUUUAUUCUGAUCCCACGGUCGAUUAAUACGAGCUGGGAGCGACCAUCGGCUGUUAUGGCGGCCCACACCAUCGCCAUGGCCGGCGCUUGAGUUCUGGUGGCCAACCGAAGGUGCACAUUUUCCAUAUCCCACGGUCGAUUAAUACGAGCUGGCGGCCCACACCAUCACCAUGGCCGACACUUGAGUUCUGGUGGUCAACCGAACGUGCACAUUUUCAGCCGACUUCUUUGGCAAGUAAACGCGAUCAUUUUGUUUGUUUACAAACUGCUGGAUAACGAAUGUUUUCUCAUCGAGGAAAACCAAACUCGUUAGUUCACCACUUUCGGCCAAACGAAGCAACUCUUUAGCUCUUUUGAGUCUAUUUUCUUUCUGUUGCGGUGUUAGCUCUUGCACUUUCUGGAAUUUCAAUGGCUUUACCCCUACAGCAGUCUGAAGUUGGUUGCAGUUUUUUCAUCUCACCCUGCAGUAUAGGCUAAGAAAUAGAAAACCUCCCUCCACCAUUUGGAAGGAAAAUUUUCAAAAAAAAAAUCCGAAAAAAUGCAGUUUAAAUUAUGAGCUUUAUGCGGGGGCUAUAAUACCCAUUUAGAUCUUCAAAUACGAAAUUUUAAACAAUUCCGGAGAAUGAUAUCGCUUAAAUCAUCAAACUACCGAAUAUCGGGAGGUACCCUUAUAUGGGGGCUAUAAGAAGUCGUAGAACUGCAUAAGUAAUUUUUUGUCAUAGGUCGUAGUACCCAUUUAGAUCUUCAAAAAAAAUUCCGGCGAAUAAUGUCGCUAAAAUUAUCAAAAUAUCGAAUAUCGGGAGGUACCGUUAUAUAGAUGUUAUAAGAAGUACCUGUACCUGCAUAUGAAUUUUUUAGGCAUAGGCUGUAGUACCCAUUUAAAUCUUCGAAUACGAAAUUUGGAACAAUUCGGGUGAAUGAUGCGUUAAAAUCAUCAAAAUAUCGAAUAUCGGGAGGUACCGUUAUGUGGGAGCUACAUGAAAACGUGGCCCAUUUACGAACUUAACCUGCCUACUGGCAAAACACAUAUGUGUGCAAAAUUUUAGCCUUCUAUCUCAAUUCGUUCGAAAGGUUACACAAAUCGUGAUUACAACAGACAGACAGACGUCUUAGAAUUUUUUGAUUGUUUCGAGGAAAUUCGAAAUUACAAAGUUUCGAAAUUACAAAGUUAAUAUACCCUCCAUAGAAUGGUGGAGGGUAUAAAAAUGCGUAAUAAUCAUUCUUAAAAAAGAUUUAUUUCAUUGAGAAAUUAUGUAGCAUGCUUUUAGGCCUUAAAAAUUAUUAUUUUGCAUUUGAUCGCUUUUUUUCAAGACACUUUCUACAUUCCUCUUGCAUCAAAAGGGAAAUUGGUUAUGUAGGUAUUUUUUUCACUCUUGCAGGUUCUGCAACUGAACAUAUGAUUAAUAUCACAGUAUCGUUGUGAAUGUCAAUCAAACUAAAGGCCCGAUCGCACAUAAUAUUAAAAUCUAAAGUGAUUUUUUUCAUAUUUUAUAUUUUUGUAUCAUGCUUCGAGAUGCUCCAAAUAUAUUUUUUUAAUUUAAAAGUAACGCUGCACUAUAUAAACUUUAUACUAUGCAUUACUGUGAAUAUACUUGUAUUUUAUCUAUUCUAUGCUUUUAGAAUACUUAUAUUAAUUAAUCCUUACAGUGUUUCGUUUAAAUUUCCAGUUAGCGCCUAAAAGUAUGCUGUAAAACUGCUGCAGAUAAUAGUGAAAAAAUCACUUUACGUAUGACUUAAACACCAUGUGUAAUCGGGCCUUAAAUGAAUUAAUUUACCUUGUGUAUUAGUUCAAUAUUUACGAUAUUAAACCAUGAGUUCGUAGAAUAUGCAAUUACUUCAAGUGGACAAAAUAUGAGCAUUUCCAAUUCCGAAAAACGCCGAUCAAUGUGGAUCGGAUAUAUCACCACUGGUUGGUGAAAAACAUCUGUGGAAUUAUUCUCCCAACUGGAAUUUUUGCUGCUGCUCAUCAGCGGCAUAAUCCAACCUAUGACAGUCCUUGGUCGAGGUAUUUUCCAAUUAUCCCAAGGCUAUCAAUGUGGAUCGGAUAUAUCACCAUUGGUUGGUGAAAAACAUCUGUGGAAUUAUUCUCCCAACUGGAAUGACGUAAGGCCGAGCAACAACCAGUGAAUGCUUAUUUUGGCUCAUAUCAGAAAAUCGUUUCGUUUUCACAAGUCUACAUUGUGUCUAGGAUGGUUGGUAUGAGAUAUAUCGCUUUACGUUUUAGGAAAGAGCCCCCCAUGUAACGUUACCUCCCGAUAUUGGGUAUUUUGAUACUUUUAGCCACAUAUUUCCACCAAUUUGUCUAAAAAUUUUUAUUUGUAGUUCGUUAUGAGUUCUAGCUCCGGUGGCGGAAUAUUGUAUAUAUAGAUGCACGUUUUCGUAUAUCUCCCAUAGAAGGGUACCUCCCGAUAAUCGGUAUUUUGUUGAUGUUUGCAACAUUUUUUAACUGAUUUGCCUAAAAAAUUCGUUAUGAGUUCUAGCUCCGGUGGCGGAACAUUGUAUAUAUAGAUGCACGUUCUCGUAUAUCUCCCAUAUAAGUGUACCUCCCGAUAAUCGGUAUUUUGAUGAUGUUUGCAACAUUUUUUAACUGAUUUGUCUAAAAAUUUCGUUAUGGGUUCUAGAUCCGGUGGAGGAACAUUGUAAAUAUAAGUACACGCUUUCGUAUAGCCCCCGUACAACGGUACCUCCCAAAAUUCGGUAUUUGUAUGGUUUUAUUCACAUUUUUCUACGGAUUUGUCCAAAAAAUUGUUAUUUGUAGUUCGUACUGGGUUCCAUAUUGGUCCAAGUCAUCUUAGUCACAUUUACCCAUGAAAUUAUGUAAAAUUUGGUAUUUAAGACUUGCAAUAUGUCUCCAUUCACCUACCGACCUUACUAGAGUUUGUAGUUUAAAGUGAAACACGUUUGAAUCCAGAUACUUUGGCAAAAAAAUUUUUCUUUUUUUAUCCAAUAUUGGAGGGUAUUAGAAGUUCGGCCUGACCGAACUUAAUGUCUUUUUGCUUCUUAUUUUUCAACAAAACACUUUUUUUUGUUUUGAACUGAAUUCACAAUAUUUUGGCUUAAAUCCUUGGGUUCGUUUGAUGCCUUUUGACAACGUGGUGCUGGGUAUUUUCAACGUGUAGAUAACUUCCAUGCAAAAGGACAAGGAUGAAAUUUGCAUUCUAUCUCUCUCUUUUAACUCUAUACUUCUCUUUCAAUCACAAAUACAUUCCUCACUUUGGUUUGUAAAAUAGUUUGCUUGCAAACAUAUUAAAUUGAGAACUUGGCCAACAGAAAUUCGUUCAUCAGUUUUAUUCGAACAUUUCAAUCAAAAACUAUUUGUGUCCUGUGUGUUGACACAUGUCCCCUCCAAAAUGAUUAUUUUUGUGAGAUUUUUUGUAAAUUUUACAUAGAAAUGUCGUUUUAUUGCCAGUUAGGACGUCCAAAAUGGUUUCAAAACAAAUUUUUAAGUAUGUUCCCGUAUUUUUAGAACCAAAAGUUUGCUGUGAAUCCAUUUUGUUUUUUUUUUUUUUUUUGUAAAUUUUAAUUAGGGCCUCUUUCAUUAAAAAUAAUAAUAACUGUGAUUUCUUUUUUUUUUUGCAAAUCUGUUCUUAAUUCCCCUUCCUUAUUUCCCAAAGGAAAUAUUCAUCAUUUGCUAUAUUUUAAUAUUUGGUCAUCCCAUGGACCUACAAUUGCUUCGUUAGUAUUGAACUUAUUUAAUUUGAAAUUACUCGAUUUGUUUACAGAACAAAGUGCAGCAAUAUAUUUGAUCAUUUAUCACUUCAGUUGUAUGUAUGUAUGUACGUAUGUUUUGUGGGUUCUUUCGUGUUUUUUUUGUUUAAGUUUUAGUUAAUGAAAUAACAAUAUAAUAACUAAUUAUUAUAUACAUAUAUUAAAUUAUUAUCAAUAAAUAAAUAAAUCUAUUUUUUUUUUUUUGUAUUUAUAUAAAUUAUGUUAUAAUAUACAUACGUAUAUAGUAUUGUAAGCCAAGCAAUUAAUAUACAUACAUAAAAAACGUACUAUUUACAUUUAAUGCAAAACAGAAAAAAAUAAUUAGGCAUAUUUACCUAAAAGUAGGCUUUAAUAUUGUAAUUGUAAUUUUGUAUCUUUUUUUUUUUUUUUCAAUGUUUGUUAUUCUAUUUUUUGGUCAUAUUUUUAUAUAUGAAAUUGUAUUAAAAUUGUUUAUAAAUAUUGUAUUAUUGUGAACACAACAACAACACAAGCAUUUUCGAUAAACAAAACCAACAACAACAAGUGUCUUUUAUAUUAGCGAAUUGAAAAAGAAAACGAAAAUAAAUAAAGAAAUGUGCAAAGAACAAAAACAAAUACCAAGUCCCUUGCUAAUUAAUUUGACCUCAUCAUGCUGGAAGAAAGCGGUGAAAAUAGCAACUCAUGUUAAUUGCCUCACAAUUAAUAAAAGGUAAUCCAAACAAUUUGUUCUGGAACUGAGUAAUAAAUUUUGGGUUGUUAGAGAGGUUAAUCGUUGUUAUGCCUUCAUUGAAAUGUGAUCCAAAAGGUUUAUGGACUUGUCUGCCGAAAAAUUAAGGCAUAGUUGUGUGUGAAGCGUUAACGCUUAUGAAGCCUGUUGUUAGUUUUAAUCUGUUUCACUCAAUUUUUAGGUGAAUUCUUCACUUUUAUGGGUAAAUUUAAAUAAAGUGAAAAUAAGUUAACACAAAUCUUAAGAAAACCUACUACCAAAUUUAUUGCGGUAUAAAAAAAAUCAAGCCGUUAGGACUAUAGAAAGGCUAAACCAAAACUGAAAAUCAUUCGGAUAUUAUUGAAAUGAAGAAAUUUCCAAUCUCUAAAAUCGAAACAACGCAAAAAGCGGUUAAAAAAAUUAACUUACGAAAAUGUUUAAAAUCGUUUUAACAUAUCCAUUAGCUUUUGAAGAUGCGUUCAAAUAUAAAGUAACAAAGAAACGUGUUAAUCGUAGGACUCAACCUUGUGAUUAACUUUUUAUAGCGCCUUUAAAUGCAAUAUUUUAUCCGGAUUAUCCUUUUUUCAAAUUUAUUAUGAUCGAUUUGUAUAUAAACGUAUUCCGGAUUUGUUUAACCAGUGCGGAAUCUAGCUUAUGUGAAAGUCACCAAACACUUUUAUUUUGGCUAUUUUGCGCAUUCUUUAUACCCUACACCACAAGGUGGUCAGAGUAUUAUGUCUUUGUGCAUUUGUUUGUAACAGGCAAAAGGAAACGAAAUAGACCCAUAGUUCCUUUUGAUGAUCUGCAUAGAAUCACAUUCUGAGUCGAUUUAUGCAUGUCCGUCCGUCCGUCUCUCCGUCCGUCUGUCCAUGAAUUUUUGUAAACAAAAUACAGUUCGCAAUUAUUGUCCUAUCCAGAUGAAAUUUUGCACAAAUCAUUUGUUUAGUCCAAGGAUAAACCCUAUUGAAAUUGGAUAAUCGGUCAAAAUUUAUAUAUAGCUCCCAUAUAUAUCUUCGUCCGAUUUGCUUUUUAUUGUGCACCAAACGUGAAAUAUCAGGCCAAAUGGUAUGGAAUUUUGCACAUACAACCAGAUUAGGCCUGCAAAUAAGUAUGCCAAAUUUUAUCGAAAGCGGUUCAGAUAUAGCUAUAGCUCCCAUAUAUAUUGUUCAUCCGAUUUGUUAUUUUAGUCCUCCGCAGCCGUAAUAUGCACUCUGUAACAACAAUAUUUUGGGAAAUAUAUCAAAUACAGCUCAGAAAUACCUUUGCUAAAUUUUAUCGAGAUCGGUUCAGAUUUGGAUAUAGCUCCCAUAUAUAACUUCAUCCGAUUUACCUUUUAUUGUGCACCAAACGUCAAAUAUUUGCCCAAAUGGGAUGAAAUUUGGCACUUACGACCGAAUUGAGUCUAGAAACUGGUAUUUGGUGAAGAUCGGUUCAGAUAUAGCUAUAGCUCCCAUAUAUACUCUUCAUAGCUAUAGCUCCCAUAUAUACUAUUUCCACAAAAAAUAUAUCAUCUCUUCUACAAUCUACAUACAAAUGCUAUCCAACGCUUCUUAAAAGUAUGUCUACAUUCCAAACCUCCACCCGGAUUAACCCUGGCAACAAUAAAGGGAUUAAGCCUGACCAUUUUGCAACAACAAACUACUAUGGUAUCCCGAACAAACAUGCCAACACUGUUCUAACAAGUAAAAAAACUGUAAGUUCGGCCGGGCCGAACUUUGAAUACCCUCCACCAUUUGAAACGAAUUUGGCAAUUCUCAAAAAUAAUAAAAACCGUUAAAACUUCUGUUAAAAUCUUAAAAAUACCGAAUGUAGCUAUUAUAUUAGGGUCUAUACGACAACAUGAACCUGCGGUAACAUUUGUUAUAAGCCAUUACAAUAUUCAAAUGCGAAACUUAAAAAAAUCGGUUAUAAUGUCGAUAAAAUCAAAAUACCGAAUAUCGGGAGGUACCGUUAUAUGGGGGCUAUACGAAGACGUGGACCUGUACAGAAAAUUUUCUAUCGUAGGCUGUAGUAUCCAUUACGAACUUCAAAUAUCAAAUUUUAAACAAUUCCGGUUAAUAAAUUCGCCAAAAUCAUCAAAAUGCCGAAUAUCGGAAGGUACAAUUAUAUGGGGGCUAUACGAAGACGUGGACCUGCAUAGACAAUUUUCUGUCUUAGGCUGUAGUAUCCAUUGCGAACUUCAAAUACCAUAUUUUAAACAAUUCCGGUUAAUAAAUUCGCCAAAAUCAUCAAAAUGCCGAAUAUCGGAAGGUACAAUUAUAUGGGGGCUAUACGAAGACGUGGACCUGCAUAGACAAUUUUCUGUGUUAGGCUGUAGUAUCCAUUACGAGCUUGAAAUACCAAAUUUGAAACUAUUCCUGUGAAAAAUGUCUUUAAAAUCAUCAAAAUAUCGAAUAUCGGGAGGUACAGUUAUAUGGGGCUAUACCGGAAGCUAGAGUGAUUUCCACAGACGGAUAGACGGACGGACAUCGCUAAAUCGACAUAGAAUUUUAUGCUGAUCAUAAAAUUUUAUGCUGUGGGGUCUAAAAUGUGUACUUCGAGGUGUUACAAACGGAAUGACAAACUUAAUAUACCCUCCAUACUAUGUUAGAGGGUAUAAAAAUGUUUUUUUUUACAUAGUACACUAUGUAAUUUAAAAAGCACAAAAACUUAGCAUUUUUUGUUAAAGCUAAACUCGUACACUUCGUAUACCGGGUGAGAUAAAAAAAACUGCUACAAAGUCAAACGCCAUAAUUUUUAAAUUUUUUAAAUUUUAUUGAAUGAAACCAAAAAAUGUCGGAAAUAACAUCAAAUUUUAGAAUAAGUUUAGAUUUGUUCGAAUUGGUCACCUUUGGCACGAACUAUGUCCAAAAUAUUCCACACACAAUAGUCCAAAUCAUUUUGUAACCAUUCUUGGGUGGCGCGUGCUGAGUGCGAUGGUACUGAGUCCCGUUGGAAUGUCCAAAGCCUGCGGCCAAAAUGUUUGCGUGCCAAGGCUUUAACACACCCUUCAGAAUAUUUUCGCGAUAAUAUCCUGCAUUUAUUCUGAUGCCACGGUUGAUAAAUAUGAGCGGAGAGCGGCCACCGGCUGUUAUGGCGGCCCACAUCAUCACUAUAGCCGGCACUUGAGAUCUGGUGGCCAACCGAAGGUGCACCUUUUUAGCUGACCUCUUUGGCAAGUAUGCACGAUCAUUUUGUAUGUUUACAAACUGCUGGACAACGAAUGUUUUCUCAUCGGAGAAAACCAAAUUCGGCAGUUCAACACUUUCGUCCAAGCGAAGCAACUCUUUAGUUCUUUUGAGUCUAUUUUCUUUCUGUUGCGGUGUAAGUUCUUGCACUUUUUGGAAUUUCAUGGCUUUGCCCCGAGCUAAUUUUUCAAUAUUUGCCGAAUGAAAUAUUGCGAUUCGAUCAAAUCGCUUCUUUACUUUUCGAACCAUUUCCGCUGAUGUUGCUGUCGGGCCACGUUACCAGUAUCACGGUAACGAGCAAUGGUACGAGACACAAAAGAGAUAGUGGUUUUCCAGCCAAAUAUAAAGAAAUUGCACUAUCACGCUUGAAUUCCAUCACGAAGAACUUUUUUUCUGGAAAAUACUCACCAAAAUGCUUUUGUACGCUUGUAAAUAUUAUAAUGAGCUGUCACUGGAAUAAUUUUAACAGCUGUCGGACAAGUGGCUUAGAAAUAGAAAGUUUUUUCAUCUCACCCUGUAAUUUAAAGUUAUUCUAGACCUUCAUAUUUUGUAUGCAUCCCUUUACAUUUUUUACCAUUUGUAGCCUAUUUGGUAUAUUUUUAAUAUAUUUUACGCAAAUUUUUGAAAUUAUUUCCGCAUUAUAAAUAAGCUAACAAUAUCCCCAAUUAAAAUCAUGUAAAAAAUCAGACAAAUUGAUGCCGUAAUUUAUAAAAUCUUAAGAAACGAAUUUAAAAAGGAAUUUUUUAGAGUGUGUUAAGUAAUAUUUGACAUACUGUAUAAAUCGUGGUUUUUAAAAACAAUUGAUCAUAAAUAAUUAAAUACCUUAAGGUGAGAAUACAUAAAAGACAUUUUUGACUGGCUUAAGUCAACGGCUGGCUUCUUCGUAAGGGGAAUAAAGGAGUUUUAAGUCGACUUAGUUCUAUUUUGGACCUAUGUUCCUUUGUUAAUUUCCGAAGAAGCCAGCCGAUGAUUUAAGCCAGUCAAAAAAACGUUUUAUGUACUCUCACCUUUAGCCUUUACAGGUGUGAUUCAACCGUAUGUUUACAAUUGUUACAUUUUAUUUUAAGUAUUAUGUGUUUGAAUGAAUGUAUGUAGCUUUAAAUUUAUAAUUUACUUAACUUAUGAGGCCUUUAUUAUUCUAAGAAAAAUAAUUUGUUAUUUUAUCCAAAAUCAAUUGAACACAUUUGUAUAGAGAAAAUUCAAUAUAAAAGGAAUUUCAACCAAAAAUAAAUCAUUUGCUACGAAGGAUUGAAUAGAAUUUGAAUAAGCAUUUACUUAAUUUAUUGUACUGCAUUUUUACUUUCUUCCCUCCCAAAACUGUAUUGUAUUCUGUUUUAGCAUUUGUAAAAAAAAACUAAAAUAAAAACUAAUUUAAGUAUUAAAGAAAACUAUGUUUUCUCAUUGAACAUUUAAAUGUUAAAUAAAGAAAUAGAAUUAAGCAUCAAAAGUCGAUUUAAUGAUACAUUCACACAAAUCAAAUGGAAUUAAAUUCUUUUAAUUUAUCACAUUUACUAUAACAACAAACAAAAUAUUUAUAUGGCAAUGAUAACAAAUAAAACAAGCAACAACAUAUUGUUAAAAAAGUAUUUAAACGCAAGAAGGGCGACUUCUUAUAUUUGAAGAAGAAAUGGAUGAAUAAAAAAGAAAUGAAAACAUUUUACAAAAUUUA